GAGAGAGAGAGAGAAAAACCCUACCAAAACCCUGAACCUUCUCCUCUUUCCCUUCCCCCACUCUGUAUCCCCUUUCUUGCCCUUCAAGACUUUCCCUUUAUCUUCUCACAAAAUUUUUCUCUCUCUUCCCACAAUCCAGAACCCAUCUUAUCGCCCCCAAGAGCUGAGCUCGAUUCGGGUUUUUAGUCCGAAAGAAAAAUGGCAAGAGUUGUUGGCGCAGGGCUUAUCUCAGCCCUAGCCUCCGCUGCAUUGGGCGUGGACUGCGCCUACGCCGACGGCCCUUUCAACUUCUCUCCCUUCGCUUCGCCGGCUCCUCCUCCUCAAGCUUCUUCCGAUUCUCCGGCGGCGGCCCAACCGGGGGCGGCGGCGAAGGCCGAGCCUACGCGGGUUCGGAAUGAUAACCCGCGAACGACGGCAUCCGGGUUCGAUCCCGAGGCGCUGGAGAGGGGCGCAAAGGCCCUGAGAGAGAUUAGCAGCUCUCCCCAUGGCAAAAAGGUGUUCAACGUAAUAAACAAGCAAGAAGAGACAAGGCAGAUAGAAUUCACUUCAAAAGGAGCAGAGUUUAAAGCAAUGCAAGCUCAAGCUGAAACUGAGAGGCAAAAAGUAAUUUAUGAGGAACAGAAAAAGCUGUCUCAGCAACAGGCACAAAUAAAAUCACAGAUGGCUCGUUACGAGGAUGAGUUGGCAAGGAAGAGGAUGCAGGCUGAAAAUGAGCAUCACAGAGCAAGAAAUCAAGAGCUUGUAAAAAUGCAAGAAGAAUCAUCACUUAGGCAAGAGCAAGCCAGACGAGCUACUGAGGAACAGAUUCAAGCGCAGCGUCGGCAAACAGAAAGGGAGAAGGCUAAUAUCGAACGUGAAACAAUAAGGGUGAAGGCUAUGGCAGAAGCAGAAGGGAGGGCACAUGAAGCAAAGCUUGGUGAAGAGGUUAACAGGCGCAUGCUAGUAGAGCGUGCAAAUGCUGAGAGAGAGAAAUGGCUUGCUGCCAUAAACACGACCUUUGAUCAUAUCGGAGGGGGUUUGCGGGCCAUAUUAACUGAUCAAAAUAAGAUGGUCGUAGCUGUGGGGGGAGUGACAGCCCUCGCAGCAGGGAUCUACACAACAAGAGAAGGUGCACGAGUUAUAUGGAGCUAUGUGGACAGAAUAUUAGGGCAACCAUCUUUGAUCAGAGAGUCCUCCAGAGGAAAGUACCCAUGGUCUGGAUUGUUUUCUCGUGGUAUGAGCACUCUAUCUUCUAAAACCUCUAAAGCGUCUGCUUCAAAUAACGGUAAUGGAUUUGGGGACGUUAUCUUAAACCCUAGUCUUCAGAAACGAAUUCAGCAACUGGCUAGUGCAACUGCCAAUACAAAGUCCCAUCAAGCACCAUUUAGGAACAUGCUCUUUUAUGGUCCUCCUGGAACUGGGAAAACAAUGGCUGCUAGAGAGCUGGCACGGAAAUCUGGGCUAGACUAUGCAUUAAUGACUGGUGGAGAUGUUGCACCAUUGGGUCCACAGGCUGUAACGAAGAUACAUCAACUGUUUGAUUGGGGCAAGAAGUCGAAGAGGGGUUUAUUACUUUUUAUUGAUGAAGCAGAUGCAUUUUUGUGUGAGCGAAACAAAACCUACAUGAGUGAAGCUCAAAGAAGUGCACUCAAUGCCCUGCUUUUCCGCACAGGCGAUCAGUCCAAGGAUAUAGUCCUUGCUCUUGCUACAAACCGCCCGGGUGAUCUUGAUUCAGCUGUUGCAGAUCGAAUUGACGAAGUCCUAGAGUUCCCUUUGCCUGGUGAAGAUGAACGCUUCAAGCUUCUGAAACUCUAUUUGGACAAGUACAUAGCUAAGGCGGGGGCAAGAAAACCGGGUUUGUUUUCCCACCUAUUCAAGAAACAACAGCAGAAAAUUGAGAUCAAGGACUUGACAGAUGAUAUUCUGAGGGAAGCUGCGGCCGGGACUGAAGGAUUUUCAGGUAGAGAGAUAGCAAAGACGAUGGCAAGCGUUCAAGCUGCUGUUUAUGGGAGCGAGAACUGUGUGCUUGAUCCAAUCUUGUUCCGUGAAGUAGUGGAUUAUAAGGGUGCAGAGCAUCAACAGAGAAGGAAAAUGGCUGCUAACGAUGAAUGAGGAAGCUCUUGAUGGGAUUCUUUUUUGCAGUUGUAUCCCAUCUGGAUUAGUCUGAGCAGGUGAGUAUCUGCAAGUCUUUGGCCAUUUUUUGGUUUUUGGCUAACACGUUUUCAUCGCUAUUUGCCCGUUGUAUUGGGGAGUUUUGGUAUGUUUACCAUAGGGUUCAAUUCCAUUGGCCUGACUGCCGAUGGUAGUCGGGAAAUAUUUAUAGGUCAUACGAUCUACAUUUGUUUACACUUACCUAUAGGCACUCUUUGCUCCGUUUUGUUCUCCUUUGGGUUCUCCAAUUGGAAAAUUUUCUAUUGAUGAA